GGAACAUCGUUCCCUUUUGAUAUCACAGCGAUUCCAAAUUUCGAUUUAGACCCAACUAGUACACUGAACUCCCCAAAUUGAAAAGGAACUCCCUUUUUUUUGUUACCAACUUUUGGUUCUUUUUUAUACAAUCAUAUCUAGAUUACAAGCCAGCCUCCAAAGCAGCCAAAGGAGUAGCCAUGUCUACGCCUAAAUCUGGCAAGCCAGCGAUCCGCAAGGUCAAGUUCUUGGUCGAUUCUGACCAGGAGCCGGAGAUGGAUAAUGAGGACGUGCGCUGUGCCGGCGGCGAUGCCGAACUGCGAAUGGCACAAAAUAGACAGAAAUCGAAGAAGGGCCGUCAUAACGAGGAGCACUAUCAAGAGAUGCAACUUUCACCCAAUGAUCCGGACCGCCAAAUGCUGUACAAGAUAUUCCAGAAGCUGAGUGUGGCCGAGCAAGUAGUGCUCCACCGCACGGUGCGAUUCCUGCCGGACGCAUGUUCGAUUCAUUGGCGAAACACAUGCCGGAAGCUGGACUUCCGCGUCCUAAGCGAGGAGCUGCCGGUGGAGAGACAUCGGAACUACAUGUUGGCCCAAAUGGCCGAACACUAUCGCUCCGUAUCCUUCGUGGCCCAUCGCCUGCAGGAGAAUCUCAACAUCCUGGAGCGUGCGGGCGUGAAGUCCCUGAACGGUGUGCAGAGAGUGGAGCUGUUGCUACUCGAAGGGGAGGAUUCGUUGCCGCUGGAGCUGGUUAAGGACGAAAGCCACGCUGGCGGAGAUGCCAAGCCUAAAGGUGUGGCCCAGUGGCCGCUCCACGCCCUGCCCAAGCUGAUGAAGAAUGUGAAACGCGUGAAGGCCCAGUGCGACAUCCAAGUGCACUUUGUCGAGCUCUUCACCGAUCUGGAGCUGUUCAUCCUCUACGGCAGCAUAUCCCAGUCGGCUCUCACCGGCAUCUUCGAGCGCUGCCAGCAGCUGCAGAGGCUCUUCCUGAAGUUCAACGACCGCAAUUACAGCCAGAAGCUCAGCCUGAAGAGCAUCCGAAAGUGCACGAUGCUGCGGGAUCUCUCCGUGCCAGUGUCGCUCUUCAACCGCCAUAAGGAGCUGCUCAUUGAUCUGCAGCAGCUCCAUCUCCUCGAGAUGACGCACUGCGAUAAGAACGUGCCCCUGGCCAUCGAAUGCAUGAGGUACGUGAUCAACCAGAGGGCGGAAGCCAUCGAGCAGGUGCAGCUGGACUGCAAGUGCUUCGCCAAGAAGCACAUCAAUUGGAUGCAGGAGGUGGGCCUGGAGCGAUGUACUGGGCUGCGCGGCCUCGUCCUGGUCAACUGCGUCUUUGGCAACCGCGAGAUCUGCCAAAUGACACUGCCCUGUGUCCAGAAGUACAUCGCCCUCAUCAGUUGCAAGGAAAUCAAGGAGUACCAGGUGCUGGACAUGGUUCGGCUGUGUGCCGGCCUCAGCGAGCUCUACCUGAUCGAUUGCCCACAGCUGACCUGGCGGAUGCUGCAGGGACUCUAUCGAAUCCGCAGGGACGAGAACCUCUCCUAUCCCCUAACGGUCGUGUUGGGAAGGUGUCCCACCCUCCGGAAGGACUACCAGACCAUGUACUCGAACUACUGGUUCUUCAAGCGGUCCUACAUCAAGAUCGAUCGCAUCCAGGGCGAAAGCCGACCCAUCGAGGACAUCCAGAUAUUUUUUUACCAAAACCCGGAAUCGGACGAGAAUCUGAAGCCGGCGCUGAAAAUGAAAUCAGCGCUGGAUUAGAUCCCAUCAGGAGGAGUGGAGUAUCCUCUUGUUGAAUGGACGUUAAUAGUUUAGAUUUAAUAACUUUAAAUAGCUCAUCGGUUAGAUCCUAGCAGGAGAGUAUCCAUUUGUUGGCUAGACCGUUAAUAGGAUAGAGCUAGAGUAACUUGCAACUAAAUAUAUAUUAUUUAAAUUCGUAAA